AUGCAGGGUGUUCUUCCAAUAUUUAUGGUGAGUGAUUGCUUUUCCAAUUUAAGUUGAAACAAUGUUUAUUUUAUGUUUUUUUUCAAACUGUAUUUCGUAUAGUGGCAUAAACUUCGUAAAACCAUGUUUUUUAUCUUUCCCAGAAAUCACGCUGAAAGAUUUGGAGCAUUGAACAAACAUUACUUUUUUAAUUUGGAUUACUGUAGUUUUUCUAAAACUUUAAUUUAAAAAGUAUUGGUUUUUCAGACAAAAACUCAUUAUCCAAUGUCUCGUGAUUCCAAACUUUAUGGUAGGCCACACAAAAGCUCCACCUCUUCCUUAAAUUAAAACCAAAUGUUCAUUUAGUUUUUUAAUCAAACUAAAGUUCGCUUCGUGAAAAAAGUAAAAAUGAAAUUGUAUUUUGUAUAGUAGGAUUAAUUAAGAUAGGAUUUGUAUUUUUAUUAGCUGAAAAUUGUAUAAUAAAGUUGAUUACUGUAAUCGUACCAGUAAGCCAUGAGGAUGACGAUUCUGAAUAACCGAAAAAAAUGUUCUCAUGAACUUUGGAAAAUGUUCGACCUCCAUUACAAUAAAUAUGCAAAUAAUCAAGAUUUUUUGAAUAUUGAAAAAUCUCGCAUAAAAUUAACAUUUCUCAAAAAAUUUUCUCUCCCAAUAUUUUCAAAAUAACAACAAAAAACCAUAUUUCUUUUUCUCGAAAUAUAUUAUUUUGCAACAUGAUAUCCCACUUACACUUUUAUGACUUAUUUGUAUUAGAGCUUUUCUCUUGAACCACAAACGCCAUCAAAAAAAGGAAAAUAGAAAAAAAGAAAGAAUAAUAGCAAAUUAUUUUGAACCACCCUGGUUGUUGUGAGAUUGAAAUUAAAAUCAUGUGUCAAUUUCAAGUACCAGGCAUACGUUAUUUUAUUUUAUGUUAUUCUUUUUUUUUUGGUUCUGUUUGAAUUUGAUGGUUUUUUCUGCUGUUCGCAGAAUAAAUUUUUGAUUGCCGUAUGCCAUAUAAUCACAAUAAAAAUGAAAACAACCAUAAUUCGAUUUCGGAGAGAUUCUCCAAUAUUUUCGUUUUGUUUUUUAUGCCUUCUCAAAAUUAUCGUAAUACUGAACUUUUCACUUUUUUCAUUCAGCAAAAAACUGAGAUCCUAGUAGUAGUACAACUAUACGAAGACAAAAAUGUAUUUUUUAACACAUUUUUAGUAUUCUUGAUUAGUAUACGGUAGAUUAAAAAUGUGUAUAAAUACAAGUGCGGAGCAUUGAAACUUCAUCACAUUCUUUAUUCAAGUUAUUCGUUUGCAGUUCGAAUCAACAAUGUUCUUCGGCCCUCGCAAACCAAUUCCACCACCAAAAUUUGCUCCGCAACCACGUGAGUUUAGGCGGGAAUAAGGAUGGGGAAGGAUAUUCUGGAGAUACAGGAAAUACCAUGUCAAAUGACAUUGUAUCUUGAGAAUACUGCUCGCUUGUCAAAAUUUGCAACCCGUUGUUGCACCAAGAGAAUAUUGAAUGUCGCAAAAGCGCAAUUUCUGCGGCGAUGAAAUCAUUUUGUUAUAAUUUGAAAACAUAAUCAAAAAGAUGCCAGCACAUAAAAUCCCACUUUUGGAGAUCUCCACUGUUCUUCUUAAAAAUAUCAAAUAUGCGUGAUUGCGUUGCGUUACAGUGAGCGGUUUAGAAACACGUCCCAAAAAAAGACUUUUCUCAAGUGGCUAUGCCCUUCCUUUUACUCCGCAUUGUUUCAGUGCUCUACAAAGAGUGACGUGAUUUUUUUAUUGUUUUUUUUUUCAUUUACGCCUACUUGCUGAAAAAUUGUACGUCGACUACAACAAAGAGCAGUUAUGAUCUAAAUUUGCCAUCAUAUUGGAAGCUCUCUGUGCUUGGAUAUUUUUGGAAUCUUCAUGCUUUAUCUGGAUCUUCACAAAGAGCACCAGGAUUUCGAUCGGUGAUUCCGGAUAGAGCAAUUGUUCGCAUCAUUUGGUUUUUUACACUUGGUUGUUCAAAACAAAGAGAAUAAUAUGAAAAUACCAGAAAAUUACGCUUCACACGAAGUGAAGAACAAGUGAACAACAGUUCAAAAAAUAAAGGAAUCAAGCAUUCAAGCAUCAUAUAAUCUGAAAAUUUUCUACCUGAACCUAGAACGAAUACCUUUAACAUUUCUCAAGACACAACAAUUACAAUUAGCGAACAUUCAACUUCUUGUUGAAUUCCUGUAUUAAUUGUUUUCUGAAAAUCCAUUCAAGACAUUUUCCUGAUGUAAAAAUCUCCCAAUUAUAUGACGACCACAAAUGAUUUUCAAAUAUUUUUCAUCACACGGAAAACGAUAAGUUUGCUCGUUUUUAUUGACCUUAUGAUCACGAAAUAUUUCGUCUUUGAUGGUUUGCUGAUAAGAAAUUCCAAGAUUAAAAUUUAAAAGAAAAAUCGUUUUUUUUAAUUUAUCCGAUCACAAACUUCACUAGAAAACUUUGAUGAUCAAAUAAAACAUGUUUUUUGAAAUAUGAAAAGAAUGUUUUUCAAAAACAGAGCAUAUUUACAAUUAAAAAAACAAUCAUAUGUAACUUUAUGAGUGCAAUAAAAAUUAUCGCGUACAAAAAGAAAAAAAAUCAUCAUAAAUAAUUGUGAUUUCCAUUUUUCUCCGAUUCAUUCAAAGUUUGACCAAAUUUUGUAUGUUUAUCGAUUUUUCUGUGAUGGUUGAAAUGUUUUUUAUGAAACAGCAUCAAAAAUGUGGUGGGUUUUUGUUUUGAUUUAUAUUUUUCUGUCUUUUCUUGUGGGGGAUGUGGAAUGACGAACAAACCAUGGAAAAAUUGACAUCUUUUCAAUUUAUUUAUUUGAUAUUUCAUUUUAUUUCAUUUCACGUAGAUUCAAUUUUCUCGACUCUAAAUUCAACCUAAACCUAAAAUGUUAUUCUGUCUAUGGAAAUUAAAAAAACGAACUUCAAAAUAUUAUAGAAUUUGUGAGUUUGAAACAAUAAAAAUAAAUAUCUUCGAUAUCUCAAAAAUCGCCAAAAGAUCUAUUUAUGGAUACUCACAAAUUAUUAUUUGUUCAGACAAUUUUUUGAUUUUUAUACUUUUUUGUAUCUCGUGAGCACUUUUUCAAUCAACUCUUUUAUUUUUGACAAUAAUGGCUCACGGUGAGUAUUUUCAACCAAAAUGAGAUUUUCCUCCAGAAAAAAACUAAUGAAAACUUUGCGAACGUCAUUUUUUAAUUUUGUUAAAUUGAAACUUUAGAUACGAUUUUUGUUUGUUCAUUUUUUGCCCAAACAUUUUUAAUUAGAUUAGGGUUACAGUAUUGCAUUUGAGCGUUUUGAGAUAAUGAAAAAAUGCUGGGGUUAGACAUUUUCAGUUCUUAAUUUAAAUUCGCUUAAAUAGUCAGGGAACAAACCAUAAAAACGCGGUUGAUAACAAGAAAAAUAAUGAGCUUAUGUUGAAAAAGCUGGAAAUUCACUGAUUAGGGAUUUGAAAUUUAAGAAGUCCUCAAUAACUUACAUUGUUAACAUUUAUCAAGCCACAAUUCCUGAUAAUAUAUUAAUAGAACCAAAUUUUUGAACUUGUUGUUAACAUUUUUGUAAUUUUGAGAGAUAUAGAAAAGAUGUUUACAAAUUGAUUGACAAAAAAAGGUGCGAAUAUUCACACCUUCGACAUAUGUAUUGUAUUCACGUUCUACUAUGCCAUAUGGCAAAACCAGCAUCUGUCGGCCACACAGUUUACCCUACCUAUAUAACUGUGCACCUUCUUUAUGUUUUCGUUCUUCCGAGAACAUAUACUAAAAUUGGAACAAUACAGAGAAGAUUAGCAUGGCCCCUGCGCAAGGAUGACACGCAAAUUCGUGAAGCGUUCCAAAUUUUUUGACAUUUUUAAAGUAAAAUAGGUCAAAACACAAAUCAAGUGGAACCCCUAGUUUCCAAAUAUUUCCGGCUUUCUUCAAAUCUGAAACUGACAUUUUUCAACUUUCAUCGUUUCAAAUUUCAAAUUCAACGCCAUUUCCUAUUUAAAAAUUUAAAGCUUAUCGUUUUUUUUUGUUUUUUCUUGGAUUCUUCUUUUUUUUUCAUUUAGCCAGUGAAUCAAAGAAGAGCAAACAAUUGAAAUGGGCCCCCAAACAAAAUAAUUAAAACGUUGAACACGCCCUUUGAUUUAUCAUCAUUUUUUGUUUGAAUUCAAGCCAAUAAAAUUUCAAAAAUACAAAAAUAUCUGUUGUUUUCAAUUUUAUUAUGACAACAAAAUUAUGGCUUCUUUCUCGUUCAUUAAGCAAUAAUCAUCGUAAGUUGUAAUUCCAUUCUUUCAUUGAAUGAAAAAAAUAGAAAAAAGAAGAUUUGAGGCGGAGAAAAUCUCACAAUAUUUCCGAAUAAUGACUAGGAUUAGAUUAGUAAAUCCGUGGAUAAUCUAACUCAUUUUUCAUGAAUUUUUCUAUCAUUUCUGAUUGAGAAAAGAAUGGACGCUGCUGCCACUGGUUUAGCAUUAUCUAUCGGGUCAAAUCAAUUGUCUGGUUUGGUUAAAGGUUCUGUUACACGCUUUUUUAGAUUUGUUGUAACUUUUGAAUAGAGAAACAUAGCGACAUUGAUAAUACUUUGAAAUACGUUUCAAAUAUAUUUUUUCCAGGUCUUGACAAGCUCACUGGCGAGGCUCAAGAGCCCGAGAUGGAGGACCCAGAGGUGAGUAAAAAAUUGUACCUGAAAAUUUGGCAUGGGAAUUCUCAAAAAUUUUGAAUGUGUUGGUUUAAAUAUUGAAAUUUGAAAUGAUUUGUUCGAAAUCAUUAUCGGAUAAGAAAAACGUCAGCAGAUUUUGUACAUAUUUCUCGAAUCCGAAAAAAACCAAUUAUCAGCCUUGAAAAUGUCUGAAACAAUCAAAUUCCAACCAAUUUUAUUUGAGAAAAUUCUAGACAAUUUCACAUAACAAUCUGAGAAUUUAUUACACCUCAAAAAUAAAAAUUCGAAACCUUUUUCCACAUUUGGUGUUCGAUAUGAGUGUUCUAAAAAUGUCUGAAUUAAUCCAAAAAACAUACGAUGAUCGGGUUAGUUUUUUUCUUAUUUGGGGGUAUUUCAUAUGAAAAAUAGCACCUGGAAUGAUGAUGAUAAAUUUGGAAACGAACAAGUUUAUUUCUAUAAAUAUUAUAUAUCGAAUUUCAAAUAUAUAUAAAAAUACAUAAACAAAAAGAUGAGCCACGCCUUUUUUUCUGCUUUUUUUGCCCAUUUACUAACCACAUACAUUAGUCCAACAUCUUAUUCUUCUUUUUAAAAAUGAAAUGAAAUAAAGAAAGUAAUGUGGGUGGAAUGGACUAGAGUGCAUUUUAGAUCCGUAUUCACUUUUUUGAGUUCCAACCUCGUUUUCCCCUCAAAUUUUCCGAUUUUUUUUUGUAAACAAAAAAAAACAAAACAAACGUUUCUUAAAAAUUCAUAAGGAUGUCUUGUUUUUUUUGCUAUGACUGAAUUUUUUCAAAGCUUGAUGUAGUUUUGAAAUGUUUUUUUUAUUCCAUAGUCUAAAUUUUUGUUUCUGAUCUCUGAAUUCUAUCCCAGAUUCACUUGAUAUCAAAGUUGUUCUGUGAAUAAACUUUUAAAAAUUCCUCACUUCAAGUUAUUUUUUUCCAGGUUGUCGCUGCUCGUCUUGAGCAAGAAGCCAAACGCAAGGAAAAACAUCGCAAAAUGGAAGCUGAACGCGAAAAGAUAAGACAACACAUUCGUGAAAAGGUUCAAAGAGUUUUUCAUUAAAUAUUCAUUAGAUGAUGUAUUUUUUCUUAUUUUCAGUACAACUUGAAAAAGAAAGAAGAUCCAAAAGAGCGUGAGGAGAUCACUGGACGUAUUACUGGAAAUCGCAAAACUCCAGAACAAGUUGCGAUGGAAACUUUGGCCGACGAAGAUGAUGGAAUUCUUGGACAACUCGGAAUUGCCGAGACUUAUGAGCGUGCCAAAACUGCUGUUGCUUCGGCUGUCAAUUCAGCCAGAGCUUACUUCAACUUGACUUCAAAAUAA